CCAUGACGUAAUUGACGUUCUCUGUCAGAAUCCAGGAAGUGGGUCGGUGGCCGUUGUUUGUGUUCCUUGCUCAAGAUCUCGGUGCCUGUUUCUUUUCUCGUUUAAUGCGUCCACGGGCCGAAAUGGCAGCGUUUAUUUCAGUCCCGUUGAAAAAGUCCUCCGAGGUUGAUCUGGUGAAGCCGCUGUCGAAGUUUGUUACAGCCUCGUAUCCAGCGGGGGACGAGCAGUCAGAGUACCUUCGAGCCGUGGAGGAGUUGAACAAGCUCCGCAAGAGCGCGUUGGGAAGGCCGCUCGACAAACACGAGAGCUCCCUGGAAAUCUUACUGAGAUACUACGAUCAACUGUGUUCCAUUGAGCCCAAGUUUCCCUUCUCUGAAAACCAGCUCUGCCUAACCUUCACAUGGAAGGAUGCCUUUGAUAAAGGAUCCCUGUUCGGUGGCUCCGUCAAGCUCUCUCUGGCCAGUUUGGGUUACGAGAAGACGUGCGUGUUGUUCAACUGUGCAGCUCUGGCCAGUCAGAUCGCCACAGAGCAGAACAUUGACAACGACGAGUGUCUCAAAGCUGCCGCUAAAUACUAUCAGCUGGCCAGUGGAGCGUUUAGUCACAUCAAGGACACAGUGCUGUCUGCGCUGAGCAGAGAGCCGACCAUGGACAUCUGUCCUGAGACCGUAGGAACUCUGAGCACCAUCAUGCUGGCCCAGGCCCAGGAGGUUUUCUUCCUCAAAGCCACUUCAGACCGGAUGAAAGACGCUGUGAUCGCAAAGCUGGCCAAUCAGGCCGCAGAUUUUUACGGCGAAGCCUUCAAGCAGUGUCAGUACAAAGACAACCUUCCAAAGUAUUUUUAUUUUCAGGAAGUGCUGCCGGUGCUGGCAGCCAAGCACUGCAUCAUGCAGGCCCACGCCGAGCUGCAUCAGAGCAUCCUCGCCAAGCAGAAGAAGCGUUUUGGGGAGGAAAUUGCUCGUCUGCAGCACGCAGCAGAGCUGGUGAAGACCGUCGCGUCUCGCUACGACGAAUACGUGAGCGUGAAGGACCUGAGUGACAAGAUCAACCGAGCGCUCACUGCCGCCAAGAAAGACAACGACUUCAUCUACCACGACCGCGUUCCCGAAGUCAAAGACCUGGAGCACAUCGGCAAGGCGGCACUGGUCAAAGCUACCGCGAUCACACCUCCACUCAGCCAGAAAUACACAGAUCUAUUUGAGAAGAUGGUUCCCAUGGCUGUUCAGCAAUCCAUGGGCAUCUACGGUCAGAGGAAGGCCGACGCUGUGAACAGACUGGUGGGAACGAUGAGGGAGGCCACCAAUCUCUGCAACGGGGUGUUGGCCUCUCUGAACCUGCCUGCUGCCCUGGAGGAUCUGUCUGGAGACUCUAUCCCACAAUCCAUUGCUGAGAAGUCCAGAUCAAUCGUGCAGCAAGGAGGACUGCAGAACAUCGAGAAGCUCAUCAGAGACCUGCCUGAGCUGCUGACUCGCAACAGAGAGAUCCUGGACGAGUCUUUGAAAAUGCUUGACGACGAGGAGACGACAGACAACGAGCUGAGAAGCAAGUUCAACCAGCGCUGGAACAGAACCCCGUCUGGAGAUCUGUACAAGCCGCUUCGUGCAGAGGGCACCAACUUCCGCAACGUCCUGGACAAGGCAGUGCAGGCCGACCAGGUGGUCAGGGACCGCUACAACGCCCAGUGCGACAUGAUCGCCCUGCUGUGUAAACCCGAGAACGAGCUGAACGCCGCCAUCCCCUCGGCCAACCCCACCAGGACUCUGCAGGGCAGCGAGGUCGUGAACGUGCUGCGCUCCCUGCUGGCCCAGCUGGACGAGGUGAAGAAAGAGAGAGAGACGCUGGAGGGGGAAAUCAAAGCCGUGACGUUCGACAUGUCGACCACCUUCCUGAAGGCGCUCGCCCAGGACGGAGCCAUAAACGAGGAGCAGCUGUCGCUCUCCCAGCUCGACCAGUCGUACGGGAGCUACAACCAGAAAGUGUCGGCCAGCCUCUCCAAGCAGGAAGAGCUGCUGGGGCAAGUUCAGACGGCCCACCAGGAGUUCAGCAGCCUGAAGCAGUCCAACAACGAGGCCAACCAGAGGGAGGAGGUUCUGAAGAAACUGGCUUCCGCUCACGACAGCUACGUCGAGAUCUGCAACAACCUGCGCGAAGGCACCAAGUUCUACAACGACUUGACAGAAAUCCUGCUCAAGUUCCAGAACAAAUGCAGCGACAUCGUUUUCGCUCGCAAGACGGAGCGUGAUGAGCUGCUCAAGGAGUUGCAGCAGAGCAUCGCCCGAGAGCCCAGUGCUCCAAACUUCAACGUUCCCGCCUACCAGUCCACACCGGCAGCCCCAGCUCCCGCCCCGGGUCCGACCCCUGCUCCCAGAACCGUCUUUGCCCAGCAACCUCAGCAAGUCCAGCAGCAGCCCCAGCAAAAACCUCAGCCUCCCUCCAGGCCACCUCCACCCAGCUUCACCCCCCAGGCAGCCUCCGCCACCCCCACCACACCAACACCCACUGGGCCUCCUACCAGUAACCCUCCACCUAUGGCCCCUCCCUCACAGGCACAAGGACCACCUUAUCCCACCUACCAAGGCUACCAAGGAUUCUACCAGAUGCCUAUGGGCUACAACCCCUACACUUAUGGCCAGUACAACAUGCCCAACAUGCCCUACAUGCCCUACCAGGCCGCCCCGGGGCAGGGCGGAUACCCCGGAGCGCCCCCUGCAGGACAGCCCUACCCUGGCUACCCGCAGCAGCCCCCCCAGCAGCAGCCCUACUACCCCCAACAAUAACUCUGCUCUUCAUCCCCCUCAUUCCUCUUCUCACAUGUUAACACCAAAUAAAAAAUAUCCUCAGCAAUAACACUUCA